CGUUCAACGAUCAGCCGCGAUCAUCCACAGGAGGAACACUUCCGCAUACAACAGCUGCUUCUUCCAAUCCCACACAAACUGAGGACUUGGCCCCUAUUCCCCGUCGACAAUCAUACCGCAUACCAGCUCUCGCUUCUCACGAAAGGCAUCCAUAACUUCACAUUCCUCACGGAAGACCAGCCGGCCAGCCAUAGACACGACGUCAGCCUCGCCGACCAGACCUCUUCACCACCUCACGCUCAAGGACAAGGACAUACCAACCCUGAGAGCAGGAGAGCAGCACUCUCUCCACACGGUCGCUGCAGCUGGUCCACCGGGGAUACCCAAUGCACCGCCGCUGAGGCCUUGUCUACACCAUGAAGAGCGCACCUCUCAUCGUCAACUGGCACGACUCCAGCGCCCCGAUCUACUCUGCCCAUUUCGAGCCCAAUGGCAAGAGGCUCGCGACGGCUGGUGGAGAUAACAAUGUGAGGCUCUGGAGGGUUGAUUCGGACGGCGAGGAACGGAGCGUGGAGUACCUGUCGACGCUUAGCAAGCACUCCCAAGCAGUCAAUGUCGUCCGUUUUGCCCCCAAAGGAGACCUCCUGGCUUCGGCGGGCGACGAUGGAAAUGUCCUGCUCUGGAUCCCCGCUGAAUCACACCACCCCCAAGCCGCGUUCGGCGACGACGCCUUGGAGGACAAGGAGACAUGGCGCGUGAAGCAUAUGUGCCGGUCGUCCGGGUCGGAAAUAUACGAUCUUGCGUGGUCGCCGGAUGGCGUCUACUUCAUCAUCGGCAGUAUGGACAACAUUGCGAGGAUAUACAAUGCCCAAACAGGUCAAUUAGUUCGACAGAUCGCUGAGCAUAGCCACUACGUUCAAGGCGUCGCAUGGGACCCUCUCAACGAAUACGUCGCGACACAGUCCUCGGACAGAUCGGUGCAUAUAUACAGUCUGCGGACAAAGGAUGGGCAUUUCACCUUGGAACAAGGGCCCCAUAGGAUUGCCAGCCAUGCAAAGAUCGACCUCCCUGGGCGAAGAGGCUCGCCUGCUCCCCCAGAUAUCGGCAUACGCUCUCAAAUAUCCAACGAAUCUUCAUAUCUCGGUGCUGAGUCGCCAAAGCCAUCAGAGCCGAGCACGCCAACUGCCCACGGUCUGCCCAUGAACCCGCCGAGCACGAUCAGCCAUAGUAGGAGAUCAUCAUUCGGCUCGUCCACUUCAAUGCGGAGAUCGGCGUCGCCAGCGCCGUCAAUGCCUCUCCCGGCUGUUAUGCCCAUGGAAGCGUCCCCGAAGCCAGGACACGGGUUGGGAGUCAAGAAUGCGAAUAUAUACGCCAAUGAAACUCUCACCUCGUUCUUCCGGCGGCUGACGUUCACUCAAGAUGGAAGUCUCCUGCUUACUCCGGCUGGACAAUACUCUAUCCCCCAUCCUGGAGAGAACGAGGGACAUAGGGCGGCGUAUGAAAUAAUCAACACUGUCUAUAUCUACACAAGAGGCGGGAUCAACAAACCCCCAAUUGCACAUCUCCCUGGACACAAGAAGCCGUCGGUAGCUGUCAAGUGUUCGCCUAUAUUUUAUACUAUAAGAGAGGGACCUGUCACGACUAAAAACAUCACCAUUGACACCUCGUCAUCUGAAGAAUCCAUACCUGCCUUGCCGGAGCCGGUCAUCUCUUCUCCUACUCCUGAUACGCCACCUAAGGUUCAGAAGUCGCCGUUCCUACACCCUAGCGAUCCAGGCCCGACGUCAACGCCGAAGAAGCUGGAGGUGGCAACUGGUGCGGUUUCACCUGGCCCGCCAAUGGCAUUUUCGCUGCCGUAUCGCAUGGUCUACGCUGUUGCCACGCAAGACUCGGUUUUGCUGUAUGAUACGCAACAGCAAACGCCUCUGUGCAUCGUGAGCAACCUGCACUGCGCAACCUUUACAGAUUUGACAUGGUCCAACGACGGCCUAACCCUCCUCAUGACCUCCUCCGACGGCUUCUGCUCCACCCUCACCUUCUCUCCCUCCGAGCUCGGCGAACCAUACACCCCCGACUCAUCCACCACAAAGCCCGAUGUCCCAACUCAACAACCCAUCUCCCUCUCCUCCCAAAACACACCCAUCCCAACACCCACCUCCGCCGUCUGCCCCCCAUCCCCAUUCCCCGGCCCAUCCCGCCACCGCACGCCCUCCAACCCCCCUCCAGCCGAAGCCACCGCCACCCAAUCCGCCUCCGCCGCUGUCUCCGGCCGUCCCGCCUCGCCCACGCGCACAAACUCCACAAGCUCCAUCAUCUCCACGCAGUCCCCCUUCGCGCCCUCCGCCUUUGGCGCGCCCAAUGUGAGUUAUCCCACCGGAACGGUUGUUAGCAACCCCCCGCUGGUGUCGGGGAGCGUGCCGGGCAUUACGGCGGGCUCGUUCGUCGUGCCAGCUGUUAAUAUGACGACGCCGCCGCAGACGCCGAGGAGUGCCGCGAGUAGUGUUAGUGGUGCGGUGGCGGGAGGGGUGAAGAGGGAUGCGGGGGGUGUAAGUGAGGAUGAGAGUGGUAAGGAAGCUGCUCUAGUAAGGGAUGGGGAGGGUAAGAAGGAGGGACCGGCGCCGAAGAAGAGGAAGAUCGCGCCGACGCUGAUUGGGGAGUUGAAGAGGUGAUUGGUGGUUGUUUGUUCUUCUUUAUGGGUAGGGCUUUCUUUUACUCCGCUCUACUCCUGGAAGGUUGGGAGGGGAGGUUACUGUCUGCGAAAAUGGAAGUUCUGGGAAGGAAAGGGGGGGAUUAUCUCUGGUCUUGUGGGUAUUUUUUGGCAUCUGUAUGUAGCGGUAAGCGGGAGUUAUAUUUUUGCGAAUGGAAGAGUGUGUUUGGGCUGGGCCUGGCUGGGUAGUGUGGUGUCAUGG